AACGCAAAUCGUGAAAACUAUCGACAAUUCCAACAGCGUCGAACAACAAAGCCGCCUGCAAGUGCAAGGCUACUGCAAUGGCGGCCGGAGGCGAGCUGCAGCUGCUGGGCUCGUGGUACAGCCCCUACGUGGUCCGCGCCAAGGUGGCGCUGGGGCUCAAGGGGCUCAGCAGCUACGACUACGAGUACGUCGAGGAGGACCUCUUCGGCAAGAGCGACCUCCUGCUCCGGUCCAACCCGGUGCACAAGAAGGUGCCGGUCCUCAUCCACGGCGGCCGCCCGGUGUGCGAGUCGCUCGUCAUCGUGCAGUACGUCGACGAGACCUGGGCAUCAAGCACCGGCGGCACUCCUCCUCUCCUCCCCGCCGACGCCCACGACCGCGCCACGGCUCGCUUCUGGGCAGCCUACAUCGACGACAAGUUUAUCCUGGCGUGGAGGCAGCUGUUCUGGUCGACGACGGCGGAGAAGAUAGCCGAGGCGUUCGCCGGCGUCGUCCCCGUGAUGGAGACGUUGGAGCGAGCGUUCGGGGAGUGCUCCAAGGGGAGACCCUUCUUCGGCGGCGACGCCGUCGGGCUGGUGGACAUAGCGCUCGGGAGCUUCGUGCUGUGGAUGAAAGUGGUGGGCGAGGUGGCCGGUGUGAACCUGCUGGACGAGGCCAAGUUCCCGGCCCUGGCGGCGUGGGCGGAGCGGUUCCUGGCGGUGGACGCCGUGAAGGAGGCGAUGCCGGACGCCGGGAGGCUACUGGAGCACUACAAGGCGUUUCGGGCUAAAUGGGCUUCACCUGCUGAACUUGCUGCUUACAGAUCACUGCAACAGCAAGCUAAUUGAUCGUGUAUUUUAAUGUCUACGCGUUUGCAGAUGUGUAUUAGGGUUCAAUAACCAUGAAUAAAGUCUUGAUUCUGUCGAGGCGAAUAGACCAAUCGAAUGUUUUUGAACAAAACAAAGAUAUUUACUAUUGAUUAUUCCA